AUGUCUAAGCCCAAAAAAAUAGGUUCUUACGAGGUUAUAAAAGCAAUAGGGAGGGGGUCAUUCGGUAUUGUUACAGCGGUUAAAGACAAUAAGGGGGAAAUCUUCGUUGUUAAGCAGAUAGAUAUGACAUGUAUGAAUUAUAAGGAGAAAACGAAUGUCGUGAAUGAACUUAAGACAUUGGUUGAAGUGUCGGUGCACCCAUUCAUUGUCAGAUAUAAGGAAGCAUUUAUUGAAGGCAGUGUGUUAUAUGUUGCUAUGGAUUACUGCUCAAAAGGAGAUUUGAGCAAAUACAUAAAAAAAAAUAAGGAAAUGAAAACGUUUAUUCCUGAGGCAAAAAUAAAAAGGUGGCUAUUGCACAUAAUUACUGCAAUAAAAUUUCUACAUGAUAAGAAGCUUAUACACAGAGAUCUGAAGUGCAAUAAUAUAUUUUUAGAUGAACAUGAAAGAGCUAAAGUUGGAGACUUCGGUUUAUCGAAACUUUUAGAACAAACAGAACAAACAAGUACACUAUGCGGAACAAUAGGAUAUAUGGCCCCGGAAGUUUGUAAAAAUGUAACCUACAGCUUUCCAGCCGAUAUAUGGUCUCUUGGAGUCAUAUUAUACGAACUUAUUAGCUUAAAGCAACCGUUCAAAUCGCAUAACGCAAAUAUGUUAUCGGUUGUUCAGAAAAUUUGUGAGGAUGAGCCAGAUCCUCUUCCCUCAAAUUACUCCGAAGAGCUCAUAAAUUUGUGCCAUUGGAUGUUGAAAAAAAAUUACAAAGAAAGACCCACGGUAUAUGACUUAAUUGCCACCGCUUAUAUGCAGAAGGAAGUGCAUUUACUGAAAAGUGAAAUACUGAACAAGAGGGAAGAAUAUUAA